AGAAAGGAGGGAAGGAAGGGAGGAAAGAAAGAAGGAUGGAAGAAAGGAAGGAAGGAAAACACUGUGUGUUGUGUUUUAUUUAGUCUUUACUAUGGAGCCAGUAGCAUUUUCUGAUGUAUUUCUGUCAAUUCCAGGUAGAGUACAAUAAACAUAUUGUUGAGCCAGACAUUCAGAUCAUAUUGUCAGAAACUGAUUAGAAUUGGGUGGCCACUGCUUUUUUCUUGGCAAGGGGCCAAUUCAUUGCAGUAAUGUAUUAAAUAGUCCUUCAGAAAAGAAGAGCCAAAAAACAAUGUCCUUUGGAACUAACACUCUUAAACAGUAUCCAAAUUAAUGGAAAGUGCCUGCACUAAUAAAAUAAAACAUCAGGGCUUUGGCAGGAGGUGAUUGGCAGAAACACCCGAUGGCUUGAUACAUCUGUCUCCCGAAGACCUAAAUGAAUUCUUCCUUGCAAAAGAGAAUGAAUAACUGUGGCUGAAGCUAAAGCCUGGCCUGAAGAAAAUGACUUCCUGCCUUCUGCCAGAGCACCUAGGAGCACAUUGCUCAACCUGAUAUCUUUGUGCCUACUGAAUUACUGUAAAGAUAAGAAAGAUUCUCCAUCUGCAGUUGGGAAUAUUAUGCCUUUUCGUGUUUAGGCAGAUAAUAUAUGAUGAAGGGGUAUUCUGUCUCCCUUCCUGAUUUGUAAGGAUUUAGGAACUUUAGUAGUAUAAUUAGUGAGUUGAUUUAUAAAUGUCUUUAUUUGCUUAUUUGUUCAUUGAUUCAUUCAUGCACACAUUCAUGUAAAUGCUUAAGAGUGUUGGUUUUGUUCCAGGCAUAGCUUUGUGCUGAGCAUGUCAAGUUCUGCAGAGGCCGGGGUCUUACAUUUGGAUCCUGUGUGUAGAGCAGUGAAGGAAGUAAAGGGAACUAUGCCAUGCACUCUACUAUGAUGUUCCCUACACAAUUCAUUUCCAACACUCCUCACAACCCUGUAGGACCUUUAUCAUUACCUCCAGUUCCAAGAAUAGAAAAUGGAGGCUUAGACAUUAAGUAAUUUGUUCAGUAUGACUCUAAUUAUUGGUGGUGAUCCUAGCUUUGAUCUCACACUUAUGUUAUUCAAAAGCUGAGACCUUCACCCCCCUUCCAUGAAUCAGAUUGUUUUUUACCCUAAUUACAAAUUUACCCUGAUCUGCAGAUACCCAGAUAGCUUUACUAACAAUUCUCUAUUGUUAGUUCUCAGACUUGGCUAUCCAGAAUGUGUGAGUGAAUCCAAGCCAAUCCAACAUAACUAAAACAAUAAUGCAUCCCAAAGCCGAAGUCGACCAGUGGUAGUACUAGAAACUGAUGUAUUCAAGAAUUUAGAAUUAUGCCUAUGGAAUGAAUAAUUGGACUCUGAGUAAGAGCUUUGAACUUUCCUAGAAGUAAAAUAUAGAUGUUUGAUGUAUCAGUAAUGUAAUACCUAAUUGGCUUUCUAUGGAACAUUUUGGCUUCCCUCUAAAGACUGAGUUGUCUUUCGUAUAAGUGAAAUGGACAGACAAAUGGCCUUGGCAUAAAUGAGAUUUUACCAAAAUGUUUCACAUUUGUGUAGCAAAUGAUUCUGCAUCAAGUGCCUUUGAACCUAAGACUAGAAUAACUCAGCAACAAGCAUGGGACCCAUUGCAUUCCUCCUACUGUGUGAGCGUGUGGAUUGAGAUUCAGAGAGGCCAACUAGCCUGUACAAAGUCACACAGCCCAAGAGCAGAUACAUUGAGUUUUUUGUCCCUUUGCCUAAACACCCUGUGGGUUAGCCUUAUGGGGCUGAACAAGUUUACUUUGCAUGUUAAAAAAAAUAGCUGUCCCAGAGGUUGUACAUAAUGUUUGGGUGGUUUUCACGUAUUUAGAUUAUGGGGACAGAUACAUCAGAGAACUGAGCAUUUGUCCCCCUUGCUAUAUUAAUACUUCAGAGCAAUCACUGAAAUUAUCAUGGAAGUUUCUAGAAAUUUCCAGUGUUUCUCAGAUAUAUCAGGCCUGCUCUGUACUCAGCGUUUUUGUACUUGCUGUCCACCACCUGAGUUCUAGAGAAGGAACCCUUAUGGCACCAAAGAGUGCUCAAAUGUCACCUUUAUCAGGGAGAUCAUUGCUUGACCACUGAUGUAAAAGUACAGCCCUAUCUUCAUGCUUCCUAGCUUUGCUCCUUGCUUAGUUUUAUUCAAACACUUAUCAUCACCUAAGAUGUAAUAGAGUGUACUCAUUGUUUCAAUUGCCCAUCUCCUCCUCUAGAAUGUAAGCUCCAAGAGGAAAGGUUUUUGUUUGUUUUAUUCACUGGUGCAUCCUCAGUUCUGAGAAGAAGCUAUUUGGUAGGCAUUCAGCGAAUAUCGUUGAACAGUUAAUUAAAAUAUGAAUUCACAUGUACACACACACACAUACAGUUUUAUGAUAUGUAUUGCAAUUUUAAAAAAAGAAAGUAUAGGAAAACCUAAAAGUGAUCUAUCACAAUAGCAAUACAAUUAUGAAACAUUGUUCUGUGAUUUCCUUUAUUGGUCUCGACUGUAUGGAUUGUCAAGGUCAUCUUCAGAGAAGUGUAGAAGUGAGUUGCAGUUUCCCAAACCUUCCUGUCCAGCCUUUCCACUCUGUUUACUCCCCUUACUCUACUUCAUUCAGACCUUCAGUGCCCUUGUGUUCUCUAGCAUCUUUCAAAGUCAACUUCCCUGCCCAUAUUUUAACUAAAGUGUAAACAACUAACAUCAUUGUAUGUUAUCAGUCCUAUCAUCCUUUCAGUAGGAGUUAGGAUAAAAAGCUGAGAUUCAUUCUUGGCAGUGUGUGGUUUAUUCUGGUUCAGCAGUGUGCGGCAUUGCCAGUCUGGCGGCAUUGACACUCAUAUUUGGUAACACAACCAUAACCCAACUGUCACCUGCAAGGAGACAGGGAAGAUCAGAAAAGAUUGGUGCCUGGAAUUAAGCUUGCUGACCAGAUAGCUAUUUUCUCUAUCUACCUUAGAGAUUCAAUGAAGAGAGAUUGAAUUCAUUUCUCAGGAUUAACACAGGGGGAAAGGACAUGCUUUAUUACUGUAACAAGUUAUACAGUGGGAGUAACAUCAUUAUAAUGGAAAGGGCUCCUGAAAAUAAUACUAUUAUAUGUUAAGCACUUUAUAGGUAUUAACUCAUUUAAUUCUUAAAACAACACAGUAAAAUAUCUCAAUGUUUUCCCAUUUUAAAGUCAACAAUCACAGAUGGAGAAGGGUUAAGUGACUCACACAAGGUCCCUCAGUUGAAUUUGAACCCAAGGCAAUGGGUAGCUCCUGGGCUAUAGUGCAUGUUCACGGUUAGGUUUACUAAUCCAUAAAUCAGUUUAUUUCUCUCACCUCGCUGACCAAGAAUAAACCAUGUUCACCCUAAUCCUUUGAAGAGAAGUAAGAACAGGGUAACACAGGAAUUCAUAUACCCUGGUAAUUUCAUCUGAUCAUCGUGGGUAUUUUUAGGGAUGGUUACUGUCAUCCUCAUUUUGUAUGUAAAAUGAUGGAGACUUACAGAGAUUGAGUAACAUGUCUUAUGUCCCUCAGCUAGAAAUAUCUAGGGAGCGAAACAAGAUUUAUGUGAUUCUACACAGCUUCUGCAUACCAUUUGCUCGGUAUUUAGUCAGAAACACCACGGAAACAAGCAAACAAACAAUAAGAGAUUGUUUUUGGUAGUGUUCUGGGAUGCCUCUGGUUUCCAAGAAUACCAUUAUAAAGUCAAACAUAUUCCAGACAGUAAAAUCUUUUACAACUCCUCUUGAAUUCCCUAGUCAGAAGUAGCCUUAGCUAUUUGAACAUAAAAGUAUACACUGAGAAUCUAGAUGAAUGAUAACGUUGGAAUUAAGCAUAGAUGCUUUUGCAGCCCCAAUGAAAAUAUUUAGGAAUUGCUACUAUCUGGAUAAAUGCCAAGGAACAUUUUAUACAUUUGAGGAUUGAGAGAAAUUUCUUGUGAUACAAAAUUAUUUUCUGUACAGUCACAGACAUCCCUAAAAUUUCACCCAGGCAUCAUUAAAGUAUUUGUACCAACACUUCAUUUAGUAGCAAAGAGAGAGACACUUAAAUCCUGGGAAGAGGAGUCUAAAGUCUUCUAUUUGUCAAAAAGAAAAUAUUUAUGUUUGGUGCAGCGAUAUGUCUAUAUGAAAGUGCUUUGAAAAAACAUUAUUUAUGAGUAAACAUAAAACAUGCUGUAUAUUUUAAUAUAUGAAUUACAUAAAGCUUUUGGUUGCUUUAUUUUCAUUUCUCAUACAUUUUCUACUGCAACAAUAUAGGAGUUUUCCAUUUUGUGUAUUAAAGAUCAUAGGGACAAGUAAAAUUGAUCCCAAGCCCACAUUUAUAAGCUGGGCCAUUUUAUCUUUGCCAUCCUGUGGGCUUCAAACCAUCUCUGCUCUGCACAGAAACCCUGAAUGAAAGCAAAAUGUAGUAAAUAUUUUCAGGAAGGCCUUUUUAUUUUUUGUCUCCUCUUAGAAGGCUAAAUCAAUACUUGACCUUUUCACACCCCUAUCAGAAUAAAGUGGACUCUUUCUGCACUGACUUGGAAUUCUAAAGUGUGUGGUAAGAUCCAUUUGUCUUGAAAGCCAUCUGUUCCUUGGGGUACUGUAUGAGUGUGUGUGUGCGUGUGCGUGUGCGUGUGUGUGUGUGUAUGAAAUUGCUUGGUUGCUAGAUGAGAAUAAUGUUUUGUGGGUUACACAGUGCUUUCACCUGUAAUAUUUCAUUUGUCCUCUGAUUCUGUGAAAUAGACAGGAUGGAGGGUUGGAUUGAUGAAUGAAUAGAUGAUAGAUAGGUAGAGAUAGAUAGACAGAUAGAGAGAUAGAGAGAUAGAGAAGAUAAUAGGUUGACAAUAAGUAUCAGUGAUUCACUGACGCCCAGUGAAGCUGUGUUCAUGUAGCUGGUUAGAAGGGACCAAAUGAAACUUGAAAAGUGGCCUUCCAAGAUGCAUCUACAGUAUAGGGGCCCAGGUGAGCAUGUGGUCUGUUCUAUCACAGCACAAAAUGCUGCAGCAAGAAUAGCAGAAAAUGACAUUUGUCAAGGCAUUCUAAAGAGCAAAAUCCGUGUGAGGAAUGAUGUAAGCUCUUUUAAAUUAAAUUAACUUAUUGGAGCCCAGGUUCUUUAAACUGAAACCAGAGAACAGGAAACCCACUGGUGUAAAAUGAGGAGGUGAAAGUGUUGUUUCUUUGUUUCUUAUCUCAGGAAUGCAGGCCCCUCAACCUCAGAAUCAAACUGUUCCAAAAGUGCAUGUUCCUUUGCAUUUUGGUGACUUUCACUUUCCUUUCUGCAUGCCUGUGGGGCUGAGGACAGUCCGGGGGUGAGGGAGUGAAGAUUGUAGAAAUAUCCCCGGUUAUAAGUUUGAAUCUGCAUGUGGGUGGUAUUUGUGGAGGAGUGGGUGCAAAAAGAACUACUGUGUACUCUGAGGUGCUUGCUGUCUGUACCUGAGAAGGAUCACGGGGUGAAUUUUGGUCCACUUCCUGAGUAGUUAAAUGACAUCACACGAUUUUUUUAUUAUCUUGGUAUUUAAUAACUUCCUCUUUAUAGGAGCAGGAAUAAUCACCAUCUCAUAGUAUUGUAUUGAAAAGUAUAGUUCAUGUAUCUAAAACCAAAAAGAGGCAACCAAUAAAACAUGGCAACUGAAAAUAUGGUCUUGCAUGAUUUCUCUGAGAUCAUGCAUAUUUAUUUGUGCUGAGUGACCACCUUUCUGACUGCUCAGGAGGGGCCAGUCUUGUUUUUGCAAUUCUUUCUUGCAAAAAUUAUCAACUUGCCAAAUGUACCUGCUGCUGCUUACAGUCUACCAGUGAGAAUAACAGAGAAUAACAGACUCUGCAGAUGUGCUACUAAGAGAAAAGACAAAUAUAUCUCACUUUUAGAAAUUUUUUAAAAUAUUUAUUUAUUUUUGAGAAACAGAGACAGAGAGAGACAGAGCACAAGUAGAGGAGGGGCAGAGAGAGAGGGAGACACAGAAGCCAAAGCAGGCUCCAGGCUCUGAGCUGUCAGCAUAAAGCCCUAAACAGGGCUCACAACCACGAACCCUGAGAUCAUAACAUGAGCCGAAGUCGUUGCUUAACCAACUGAGCCACCCAGGAGCCCCUCACUUCUAGAACUUUAAUAGCAACCUCAGCUCAGGAAAAAAAUGAAGAUAUGCCAGGGCUUCCCUAUUCCGAGGUGAGAAAAAAUCUUUCAUCAUAAAUUGAUAUUAAGAUAGUACUGGUUCUGCAUUUCAGGCCAAAUAAAUGGUUAACUAGUCCACAGAAAUAAACAAAGUGAGAUGACUUUAAAUUGUUCUGCACCAAAUUGGGAAGAGAUGAAUAUCUUAUCAGGAAGAAAGGCAAUAUCAUACUGUCUGCACUUCUUUAUUUAAUCAGGUCCCUCUAAUUUUGAAAUUUCAAAAUAAGCAUCACUUUUAUCAUGAAUGAGUCUUUCAGGGGAAAAAAAAACCCAAGCAAUUGGCUGCAUAUUGUAUUGAACAAAGCAUGUUAGGUAUGAUGUAUUUAGAGAUAUCACAUUACAUAUAUCCAGUUUUCUGAACGUAGUUUUCUAUGAAAAGUUAUUGUGUGUAUGGGUGUAUACACACAUUUAUAUAAUAUAUUUCAUAUAUAUAAUUAUAUGUAAUACAUAUAUGAUUUUUUGAUUUCUUACAUAUACAGAUAAAAGUAUUUUUUCUUUUUAAAUUUUCUUUCGUUAAUGUUUAUUUUUCAGACAGAGCAUUAGUGGGAGAGGGGCAGAGAGAGAGGGAAACACAAAAUCUGAAGCAGGCUCCAGUCUCUGAGCUGUCAGCACAGAGCCUGAUGCAUGCCUCAAACCCACAAACCAUGAGAUCAUGACCUGAUCCAAAACCAAGACUCAGACGCUUAAGUGACAAAGCCACCCAGUUUCCCAAGAAGUAUUUUCUCUACUUUGACAUCCAAUGACUUUUGAUCUCAUUUUCCUUGAAUCCAGAGUUUAAUUUAGCAGUCAUGUUUUUUUCACUUUUGAACAAAGUAUGAAUUUAAUGCAUUUUAUAAUGCAGUAUGUAGUUAUUGGGAAAUGAGAGUAAUUUCAUUAAAACCAACAGAUUUUAAUUAACCGUUUGCCAUGGGCCUGAUAUUCCCAUGCGUAUAGGAUGAAAAAAAGCACAGUCACUACUCAUGUGGUCCCCAUGAUCUAAAACUGAAUUGUUAACUGGGGGUGAUACUGCCCUCCCUUAAGGGGAAAUUUGACACUAUCUAGAGAUACAUUUGGUCUCAAUCGAAUAUUUGUCACAAUCAAAGGGGAGCUGCUACUGGCAUCCAGUGGGUAGAGACCUGGAAUACUGCUGAACAUCCUACGAUUCACAGGGCAUUAAAUAAUAGCUAUAUUGCUCCAAAAGCCAUUAGUAAUGAGGUUGAAAAAUCUGGUCUGUAGAAUGAGAAAUAUGUGAUGCACUGUGAUAGGCACUAUUUUGGGGACAUGAAUAAAAUGUUGGGGGAAACUCAAAGGAAAGAUAACUAGGGGUAGGAAGGUGAUGAAGAAAGCUUUGUGGAGGAGGUGACCUUGGGGCUUGGCCCAGAAGAAUGAAGGGUGGUUUGUUUUGCUAGGGAAGGAUGGAAAAGCAGAGAGCAUUCUGGGUAGGGGUGCAAAGAGGAGUGAAGCAUAGGAAACUAACUUCCCAUAAAGCUUUCACUCUACACAGUUACCACUGAGGUUGACUUCAAUUCAUGGUUAUAAACAAAUCAGGCUACUAACAGAACUCUGUGUGAGAGGUAUUUAUUGUUGUUGUUGUUGUUGUUGUGUGUGUGUGUGUGUGUGUGUGCGCAUUUAAGCUUCAUAUGUAAAACUCCCUAAGAGAAAAGACCUAAAAUAAUUUUCCAUUAGUGGGAGAAAGCUUUUCAGGUCCCCUGGCUUUAGCUUUUCCACAGUAUAGUCAGUAUGUCUACAGGGUGGCUGCUAAUUCUUCCUGUCUUCCAAACCUUUCUAGAACUGGAGCUGAGGGAAAGGGCUUUACACAGCUUAGAACUGUUUGGGAGUUAACAUGGCCCCUAUAUCUGGACAACAGAGAGUAUUAAGGCCUUCAAAGAGCUCUCUGACAGAAAAAAAAAAGACCAGAAUAUAAGUCAGCCUUUCCUUAGUACAAAUGGUACUGUGCAGUGACCCAGUGUGGACUCUGGAAUACUGUCUCAAGAACUUGCCCAUCGUGUGUCUUGCGAUAAGUGAUAGAAUAUUUUUUGUUUGUUUGUUUGUUUCCAUCAUCUGUUUAAAAUUGGUGUAAUGUCUUCUGUAUCAUAGGACUGUUUUGAAGACUAAAUACCAUGCAUUUAUAGCCUGAUAUGUAGUAGGCACUCAGUGUUAGUUCUUUUCACUUCCCCCGUUGUGGUCUGACAACAUGGGGAUUUUGUUAAAGACCAGUCCUGUGUUUUGGGAGAUGCUAUAAGCAAGAGUCUCGCCCUUCUGGUUGGCAGAGAAGACGUUGCAAAGGCUAGUUUUAUAACAGGAAAAUGCUAAGUGCUGAGGGCAGAUAAUGAGGUUGUUUGAGAAACAUUCAAUUAACAAAAUGAAACAAGUAUGGUGGAUACGCAGUGGGUGCGCUGAAGAUGUCUUCUGAAAUGUUGAUGCCGAUGGCACACAUGGUGAUUACAAAAAGGUCCAUAUUUAAAUUAGUAUUAAAAAAAGAGACAGAGAAGAGGAAGAUGUUAUAGGAUCAGUGGAGGUAAGGUUGAAAGGAGGCAAGAUGAAUUCAGGUCAAAAAAAAAAAUUUAGUCUCUUGAGUGAUUAAAAGAUAACUAUAAACUCCACCUAGGGAAAUCUUGCCACUUCAUCUGCUGCUGAGCCGUUGGUAUUAUUCUUUGCUUUUGUGUGUGAACAUGCUCAGUUUCCUGACAAGUCAUGGCAGAAAUAGUAAACAAAUUAUUUUCGUUUUUUAAGUUUAUUUAUUUAUUUAGAGAGAGAGAGGUGAAGGGGCAGAGAAAGAGGGAGAGAGAAAGAGAAUCCCAAGCAGGUUCCAUGCUAUCAGCAUGGAGCCUGAUGCAGGGCUCAAUCCCAUGAAUUAUGAUCAUGACCUGAGUCAAAAUCAAGAGUUAGAUGUUUAACUGACAGAGCCACCUAGGUGCUCCACCAGUUACUUUUUCUGCUUCCUGUAAGUAUUUAUGCUUACAGGAAAUAGAAAUGCUAUAUCACAUAUAUACCUUUUAUUUUGAAUGUUUAUAUUUUAGUUUGAAAAAUCAUUGAAUAGUGAAUUUUAUCAUGAAAGAAUGAUCUCCUUCAGUAAUCUAAAAAAGAUGGAAAUCGGGGUUCCCCGGAUGGCUCAGUCAGUUAAGCACCAGCUCUUGAUUUCAGCUCAGGUCAUGGUCUCAUGAUUUGUGAGUUCAAGCCCCACAUUGGGCUCUGCACUGGCAGUGAAGAGCCUGCUUGAGAUUCUCUCUCUCUUCUCUACCCCUUCCCUGCUCACUCUCUGUCACUGUCUCUCAAAAUAAAUAAAUACAUAUUUAAAAAAUUUAAAAUAAUGGAAAUAAAAAUGAGACUUCUCCUUAUAUCCCUUUAUAUAAGCAGUGUUUUGAAGAUUCAAACUAGAAUCAUUAAAAAAUCAGAGGACUUAGUUGUUCCUUUUGGUUAAUAUUUUUCCUCUGGUACAGAUAUUAGGAGUGAGGGAAACCACAUGCUUCAGUUCAUAUUUGUCCCCUAGUAAUAGGAGAUGAGAUGACUUUCAUCUCAGUUAAGUUAGAAGAAUGAAUCUGUCAUAUGUCACCUCAUGGAAACAUUUAAAUGAAAUGCCAGUGUUAUCAUUUCCACAUCCCUUAAUCACCAUGGAGAUUAAGCACGAAAUGAAAAGUCUCCAGAGUUAACCAAAAACAAAGUAAUAUUGAGUAUUUGAUGUCUGGAAAUGUAUGGACCAAACACUUUUUUAAUGCUUAUUUAUUUUAAGAAAGAGAGAGAGUGUGCAUGCAUGAGCAGGAGGGGGCAGAGAGACAGGGAGAGAGAGAGAGUCCCAAGCAAGACCCAAUGUGGGACUCAAACUCAUGAAUUGUGAGAUCAUGACCUGAGAUGAAAUUAAAAGUCACAAGCUUUACCAACUGAGCCAUCCAGGGGCCCUGGACCAAUUGUAUUAAUUUUUUCCCUACUUAUUGGUUAAAAAGUAAAGGAUUUCCUAAAAAGUAAAGAAUUUCCUAGUUUCACAAUCCAUAUCAGGUAUAUGAGAAUAUAAGAUAAAUUAACAGUCUCCAAAUACCCUUAAGUAAAAUGAAUGAUAAUAAUAUAAUAAUCAAAAUAGGUAAAAUAAUAACAUAUAAAAAUAAUAUAUCUGUAUUGAACACUUAAUGCCAAGCGCAGUGCUAAAUAGUAUUCUAUUUAAUACCAAAAACAACCCUCUAAAGACAUGUUAUCCAUAUUCUACAAAUGAAGAAAAUAAUCCAUAGAAUAAAUUAAUAAUGUGACUGAACUCAUGUAGCCAGAGAAGAUAAUGAAAUCAAUUUGAUUAUUCAAAUCUGAGGUUUUAUUUAAGGCAAUAGAUUGAAAUGGGCUGGAAUGGAAUAAGGUAGCAGAAGACAGGAUAGGAUGGGGUGGGAUAGGAUAGAAUAGAAAAGCUACUGUGUACCACGUUGCAAGGUUUGACUGGUAAAACUUCGUUUUCAGUUUUGAGAGAAGGAGAGAAAGAGCGAGAGGGAGAAACAGAAGCUUUGCACUGUUUCACUGCAUAGUGGAUUUCUCACUGGGAGAUUCGAUACAAAAACUAAAAAUUUUGGAGCAACUACACUAAAGAAUGUUCAGCCUCGCUCCAACCCCCAUAUUGCCAGAAUCCAAACAAAAUAAUUUUCUCAUUUGGUGUGUUCCCGGUUGACUCUUGUAAUAUUUAAGGAUCAGAAAGAAUGCGUCUUCUGCAGUAUUUCAGCCAAACCCAUUGGGUUACAUAUGGAGAAAUAGAAGACCAAAUAAUAGAUUGACACCCUAAUGCAGAAUGGCACAGUUAAAUUAGUGGCAUAUUUGGGAGUAGAAUAUGGGUAUCCUACUGCUGUUCGAUGUUGUUCUUUGCUUGGUUGCUUGCUUGGUUGCUUGCUUUUUCUCCCAGGAGUUGAGGAUUAAAUGAAUAAAGCAUCAGAAAUAACAAGUUGUAGGUUGUCAACUCCUACUCAUUGACUAGUAUAUCUGUAACACACAGGGACCUCUCCUUUGCUAUCAAAUGACAGCAGUGACUAUUUAUUAAGUGCUUCUUUAGCAGAUCAUUGUAUUUUGGUAUAAGCUAUGCCUUUUAUUAUCUUGAGCUUCUAGUAUAGAUGAGGGAAAAAAAGAUAUUUAUUUAUAAGUAAUGUAGUAACAUGUAAAGACUAGGUUAAAAAAAAAAAGAUUUUUCAAGUGAAAAGUACAGACCAUUACAUUGCUCAGAAGAGGGAGAGGGCACUGCGACUUGGGUGACAAUUAAGUCAAAGAAAUGUGGAAGAGACGGCAUUGAGUUUUCUUAGAGACUUAAGUGUGUCAGGAUAUGCCAAGAUUGAUAAAGACCUGAUCAAUUCUGAAAUGCUUCCUGAGUUAAUAGGUGAAAAAUCAGGAUUGUCACAAAGCAACUGAAGAAUAAACUGCUCAACUGCCAAAUGACUCUUUGGGGGCCUGUUGAUAUUAUAAUGUAAUUUUGUGCUAGUUGUUCAUAAACUAUUAAUUGGAGAAAAGUCUGUUUAUGUAGUCAUUCCAAAGAGCAUUGUUAAGAAAUUCAGGUGCAAUGGAAUAUGCCAAUGUUAAUGGUAAAUGUGAAUAGUAAUAAUAAAUUCUUUAAAUUAAAAUUAUACCUCUUCUUUGGAACCCACUCAGAUUCUUAAAGUCAGUCCACACUGAGCUUUUUCUUUUAAAGAAAUAUCUUUAAUACAUAAAUUGCUACAUUACCCUCAGUACUUAACCAGUGUCCUGAUGUUGUAAAACAAAUGUUUUGUUUGUGCAUCUCAGCUUCUUAGAUUAUAAAUUUCUAGCUGGUCUUGGAUUUUUCUAAUCACAUUCCCAGUACAUGCUACAUGAUAAAUACAGAUUUGAUGAUUGGUUAAUAGAUAUAGGGUAUUUUUUAUAUAUGGCUAGGAAAAUACUAAAUUAACUCAUCAAAUUCUCUUGCUUUCUUAUGGUAUUAACUACAUGCUACCAAUUACUCUACCUCUGUACUCAGUACAUCCUCAACUAGUUUUUAAGGGCUUGUGAUAGGUAACAACUCUUACUUACACUUAUCUCAGUACCCUAUACCAAACGUAGUGCCUAUUCAUAGUAGAUAUUAAGUUAAUAAUUGCCAAGUGGAAAUUGAAUGAAUUUUAAAACUAAUAAGCACAAUAUCUGUAGGAAGCCUACCACAGAAUGGACACAUGGAAAACUCUCAACAAACAUGAAAUGAAUGAACGAAUGAAUCAUGGAUUCUAAGUUUUGCCACUAACUAGUUUUGUAACAUGAUCAAAUCAGCUUCCCUUUUGGGGACUCAGUUUUUUCAUCAAUAAUAUAAGGUGUUUGGAUUUGAAGGCUAGCUUUAUAACUACUUUAAAAAUUCUGGGAAGGUACUUCAGGACUUCCUUGAAGAAUGAAGUAUUUUCUUACCCAGUGAUAUGUAUUUGAAGGCCUUAGUUUAUGGGGGGGGCAUAAGAUACUUUUUUUAAAAAAGAGCCCCAUUGCUAAAAUUGCUUGAAUAAUAUUAGUGUAAAUUACAGUAUGGAAAUUUGCCUUUUUAAACCAGUUUGAGCACAUGCAAUUUAAAAGUCCAUCUUGCUAUUAUUCCAGGAGCCACAUUCAAAUGCAUUUGAUAUUAAUUUCAUAGGAAAAUUGAAGACAACAUUAAUAAAUUGCAAAGGCAUGUAACAGUUCUUUCACCACAAAAAGAGAGAAAUGUAUGCUCAUUUGUCAUGCAUACAACAAGCAUCAAACAGUAAUAAUUUUUAACAGAUUGAAAUAAAAUAUUUCAUUUUGUCUUUUCCUCACUCCAUAUUCUCUUGUUAUUUAAGAGAGAAGCAUGGUGAAAACAUUUUAUUGAGUUGCUUCUUUGAUGAACUCUUGGGUGGUUUGGGUUUGAUUCCCCCUUCCUGGAAAAUUUAUAUUGGCAGGUUGGCAGGUAAAAUCGUGUUGCUUUAAUUGAUCUAUUGGAAUGUAAAACUGGUUAUUGACUGAUACUUAUUAGACUAUAAAAUCAAGAUUAUGGGCCUAAGAAAUGCAUCUGUGGCUUAGUAAUAAUUACAAGAAUAAUGGUAGUAACAAUAACUAAGAGCUCUAUUUAUACUAGACACUAGGCUAACUCCUUUCCAUAUACAGUCUAAUGUAUUCCUUGUGACAAUCCUGUAUGAUAGGUUCCAUUACUACUGGAGAGGGAAAUGAGCACUUUUCCAAAGGUUAAUACUUGGUAUGUGGUAAGUCAUGAUUCAGUGAACUUAGAGUUUACUGGAAAUGAAGAUGAAAGGACACACGUAGAUUUCACACAAAAUAGAAUGAGUGCUAUAGGAGAGACACAUACAAAGUAUCAUUAUCUAAGAUUGUUCACCUGUCUUUUGAUUCAUUCAUGUAUUUGUACAGCUAUACUCCCAGUGUUCAUAUAUUCUCCAUGUACUUUUACCCAGAAUUCUAGGGCUGGCAGAUCCUUGGUUCACUGCUUCCAUCCAUUGCCGGAAUCCCUUUCUACACCAUCCCUGGGAUCUUGGUCACAGAACCCUGUUGCUGAGUACCUUUAGGGAUAAACAUGCUCCCUAUAGGCAGGUGUAUCUGCUGCUCAGGUUGCAUAGAUGGGAGUUGAGCCACACUUGGUUUCCCUGUACCUUCCAAUCUUGGUUUUUCCCAGUAUAGCCAGUUAACAGUUUAGGAUCAUCCUUUUACAACAAGCCUACCCUGUCGGAGGCCAUUGUUUGGCUCCAUCCCAUCUCUACAUGUCUUUUUUUCAUAGUUAAUACUGCAGUGUUUCUGUGAAGUUAAAACUACGUAAUCAUGUAACUUGUUUAGAAGAGUGCACAAUGCAUAAUAAGCAAUCUGUAAAGAAUAGAUGAUAAUAAUGCUAAUAAUAACAUAAUUGUUAUUUAUUGGAUUAGGCAUAGUUUAUAGAAUUCUUCCUCUCCUGGUUGGCCACAUUUUGUAUAGAAUGAUUUAGAUAUAGAUGCCAGCUUUCCUUAAAUAUGUUACUGUUAAUAGGACACAGGGUUUCAGGUUCACUUGUGUAUAUCAUUAAAAUGAGCCCAAUAAAUUAAACUCAGGUUUAAUGAUUGACUUAAUUGGUAGGGAUAUUGGCAAUGCCCAUUCUUGCAUACAUAAUUCCUGGGUUCUGCUUCAUGGAGUCGUUAUAUUUAAAUACCCUUUUAAAAACCUAAAUCACUGCCUGGCUGUGUGAUUGCCCAUAGAAAAUAGCAAUAAUAAAAAGAAUAAAAAGAGAAAGGUGGAAACUCACUUGAACAAAAUAGAAGCCAUUUCAAAGAUACAACCCUACAUAAGAAUGAGGGAAGGGAAAUAAAUACAUGUACCUAAAGCAUGACCAAUGAUCAUGCAGUUCCUCCAUUCAAAGGCUUAAUCUACUUUUUUUUUUAAAUUAAGCAUACCAACUCUUUGUUUCUAACAGAAUAAAAUUGUAAUAAAACAAAAAUGUUUCACUACAGACCAAAGCCAGACAGCUGCUUAAAAGAUGCCAAAAUGUGCAGCUCCCUGGAGCCUAAAGUCUCUUUUAAGGUUGAUUAUGAGUGACGCGUCCAGGCGGGGAGUCUUCCAGGAGGAAAUACAUCUUUGUCUGGGGUUAGGUCAAGGGCUGGACUCACAGGGCUCUAGUGAACCUUGAGGAGAAAUCUCUGAGGCAGAGCCCAGACAGAUGAAGUCACUAGAUCCUCAGAAGGGGGAGGAGAAGAUAAAACCUCACCCUGGACUGAUUUUCAGUUGCAAGACUUUUCUGGCAAAGGAUAUGCCCAAACUUGUUCUCUCCUGGUUUGCCUACUGUUCAUGGGCAACCAUGCAACCCAUGUGGUUCUAAAGUCUCAAGUUGAGAUACAAUACCAACAAACGGUAUCAUCAGUGGCCCCCCAGCGCCAUUUAAAUAUCUUUUCAUAUUCUUGUAUGUUGCUUUUGAAGGGUGGAUAUUCUAGGAUGUGGCCUUGUAGAAAAAUGUCUUUUUCAGGCUAUAUGGAAUCUUAACAUCAUCUAGUCCAAUCACGUCAUUUUGCAGAUGAGGAAACAGGCUGAGAGACAGGGGACUUGCCGAGAGUUACUCAGCUAAUCAGUAACAGACAACAGUGGAGCUUGGGAUUGGCAAACACGUUGCCUGUUUUCAGCAUAGAGACCACAAUGGAGAGCUAGCUUAGAAACAGCCUUCAUGUUCCCAGCCUGACACCAGAGAUGACUCUCCUUGGGAUCCACUUCUCUUAGGUUUAUAGAAGAAACCCUGUUUAUUGAGAUGAGACAUUUGGAAGAAGUCAUUACACGGGUGCCCAGUUCAUAGUAAGCCAGCUGAGUGGGACAUACACUGGGUAGCCCAAGAUCCUUUAAAAUUCCUCCUUGUGCUGGAAGAAAUGCAGAAAACUAUUUGAACUCCAGAAGGACCAACACCAGAUAAAUUAUGAAUGUUGAACAAGAUGACCUUACAUCCACAGCAGAUAAUGAUAGGUCCUAGGUUUAACAGGGCCCUAUUCGACCCCCUGCUUGUGGUGCUGCUGGCUCUUCAACUUCUUGUGGUGGCUGGUCUGGUGCGGGCUCAAACCUGCCCUUCUGUCUGCUCCUGCAGCAACCAGUUCAGCAAGGUGAUUUGCGUCCGGAAAAACCUACGUGAGGUUCCAGAUGGCAUUUCCACCAACACUCGACUGCUGAACCUCCAUGAGAACCAAAUCCAGAUCAUCAAAGUGAAUAGCUUCAAGCACUUGAGGCACCUGGAAAUCCUACAAUUGAGUAGGAAUCAUAUUAGAACAAUUGAAAUCGGGGCCUUCAAUGGUCUGGCAAACCUCAAUACUCUGGAACUCUUUGACAAUCGUCUUACCACCAUCCCAAAUGGAGCUUUUGUAUAUUUGUCUAAACUGAAGGAGCUCUGGUUGAGAAACAACCCCAUUGAAAGCAUUCCUUCUUAUGCUUUUAACAGAAUCCCCUCUUUGCGCCGACUAGACUUAGGGGAAUUGAAAAGGCUUUCAUACAUCUCAGAAGGUGCCUUUGAAGGUCUGUCCAACUUGAGAUAUUUGAACCUUGCCAUGUGCAACCUCCGUGAAAUCCCUAACCUUACACCUCUCAUAAAACUAGAUGAGCUGGAUCUUUCUGGGAAUCACUUGUCGGCCAUCAGGCCUGGCUCUUUCCAGGGACUGAUGCACCUUCAAAAACUGUGGAUGAUACAGUCCCAGAUUCAAGUGAUCGAACGGAAUGCCUUUGAUAACCUUCAGUCACUAGUGGAGAUAAACUUGGCACACAACAAUCUAACAUUACUGCCUCAUGACCUCUUCACACCCUUGCAUCAUCUAGAGCGGAUACACUUACAUCACAACCCUUGGAACUGUAACUGUGACAUACUUUGGCUCAGCUGGUGGAUAAAAGACAUGGCCCCCUCCAACACAGCUUGUUGUGCUCGAUGUAACACCCCUCCCAAUCUGAAAGGGAGGUACAUCGGGGAGCUUGACCAGAAUUAUUUCACAUGCUAUGCUCCUGUGAUUGUGGAGCCCCCAGCUGACCUCAAUGUCACUGAGGGCAUGGCAGCUGAGUUGAAGUGUCGGGCCUCCACGUCCCUGACCUCUGUAUCAUGGAUUACUCCAAAUGGAACGGUCAUGACACAUGGGGCAUACAAAGUGAGGAUAGCUGUGCUCAGUGACGGCACAUUAAAUUUCACGAAUGUAACCGUACAAGAUACAGGCAUGUACACGUGUAUGGUGAGUAAUUCCGUUGGAAAUACCACUGCUUCAGCCACCCUGAAUGUUACUGCAGCAACCACUACUCCCUUCUCUUACUUUUCAACCGUCACAGUAGAGACUAUGGAACCUUCUCAGGAUGAGGCACGGACCACAGAUAACAAUGUGGGCCCCACUCCAGUGAUCGACUGGGAGACCACCAACGUGACCACCUCUCUCACGCCACAGAGCACAAGGUCAACAGAAAAAACAUUCACCAUCCCAGUGACCGAUAUAAACAGUGGGAUCCCAGGAAUUGAUGAGGUCAUGAAGACCACCAAAAUCAUCAUUGGCUGUUUUGUGGCCAUCACACUCAUGGCUGCAGUGAUGCUGGUCAUUUUCUACAAGAUGAGGAAGCAGCACCAUCGGCAAAACCAUCAUGCCCCUACAAGAACUGUUGAAAUCAUUAAUGUGGAUGAUGAGAUUACAGGAGACACACCCAUGGAAAGCCACCUGCCCAUGCCUGCUAUUGAGCAUGAGCACCUAAAUCACUAUAACUCUUACAAAUCUCCCUUCAACCACACAACAACAGUUAACACAAUAAAUUCAAUACACAGUUCAGUGCAUGAACCGUUAUUGAUCCGAAUGAACUCUAAAGACAAUGUACAAGAGACUCAAAUCUAAAACAUUUACAGAGUUACAGAAAACAAACAAUAAAAAAAAGACAGUUUAUUAAAAAUGACACAAAUGACUGGGCUAAAUCUACUGUUUCAAAAAAGUGUCUUUACAAAAAAAACAAAAAAGAAAAGAAAUUUAUUUAUUAAAAAUUCUAUUGUGAUCUAAAGCAGACAAAAUUAUGUGUAUUCCUCAAAACCUGUUUUUGCUGCACUUAUUUACUAUUUUCCCACAUUUCAUCCCUGCCUACCCUGGUUGCCAUAUUUUUCAUAGGACAUCUCAAGUCCCUAAAGAACUGGCCUAGGAAAUUUUGUAAGAAUUCUGUUACACUUUGAGAUUUUUAUGGUGAAUUCUAGUGGUGAGAUCCAGUCUAUUUUGUCUUUCUUUCUUUUUUUUCCCCCUUUCCUUUUUUUUUCUCAUGCCCUUAUCAAGUAGUCCAAUGGGGAAUGCAAUAUUAGAAAUAGAUUUUUAAGAGAGAACGAGAUAAAAAAAUGCAAGAUCUUAUAUUUUUCAUGUAAUGACCUGCUCUGUAUUUAUGAGGAGAACCAUUCAAUGGCCAAGCAAAAAGAAAAAAAAAGAAAAAAAAAGAGAAAAAAAGAAAAAAAAACGUAAGCAAACAACAGAUUAAUUUACAUAUGAGCAUCUAUAAAACCCAUGAUCUUUUAAACAACUCUAGAACCAGAAUUUGUAGCUCAAAAACUAAAAACAUAAGGUUAUAAAUAAAAUAUUGUUGGUUUUUCUGUACCUGGACACAACUCAUUUGUAGUAUGGCUCAAAUGUGAGAAACUUGAAGGUAAUUAGAUUUUCUACUUUCUAAGAAAGAAACAAAUUAUUGUAUUCUUCAGUCACAGCAUCAAUCUCUAUGGGGUCCUAUUUCAUUAGCUGACUUGAGUGUUGGAUCUAUAUUCAGGGAUGCUGUGGUAUUUUUUUUCCUUCUCAUUAGGAUCACCCUUUGUAGAAUGCUCAGAUUAAAAAAUAAUGAUUUUGUGAAGUAAAUUCAAUUCCACUUGGAAGAAAGUUUCA